AUGCGGAUCGUCCUCUUCCUGACCCUCCCCUUUCCCAAGCAUGACAUCCUUCUCCAGGGCCUAGGCCCUCCUGAUGACUGGUCCAAACGGCCCACCCUCCCACGGACUCCGCCGGUGCUGGAGACAAGGCCCAGGAUGCUGCCCGUCUUCUUUGGGGAGAGCAUCGAGGUGAGCCCAGAACCCACACAUGAGAUCCGCUGCAACUCCGAGGUCAAGUACGUGGCAGAGAAGCACUUCCGGGACAACGUCUUCUACGCGCCGGUGCCCACCAUCACCGCCUACAGCGAGACUAUCGUGGCGGCGCCUAACUGCACGUGGCGUAACUACCGCAGCCAGCUGACCCUGGAGCCGCGCCCGCGAGCCCUGCACUUCGAGAGUACCACCAUUAUCUUCCCCAAGCACGCCCGCAACUCCUUCCGUACCACCGUGCACUGCAGCCUGGGCCGGCCCAGCCGCAGGUUCGGCGCCAGCGUCCAGCUCGCACAGCAUCAGUUGCCAGGCCCUGCAGGGCUCUGA